AUGCAAGAGUCACGAUUGCCAAUAUCUCUUUUUAUGAAGGUUGAACAUGUUAAGAAUUUAUUCUUUAUUGCUUCAAUAUUGGAUUUAGUAAUCGAAGAGCAAGGGAAUGGAAGGGAAAAAGUUUACCAAAAAUCUCAUAGUUCCCUUUCACAGUCUCGGUUUCCUUGGAGCUUAAAAUGUCGUGAAAUUUAUCAUAAUUAA